UCCCAGACUAAGACUCUUCAGUACUACAACAUGUUGCCGCUCGUUUUCCUGUUUGCUUUGGGUCUGGCUGCUGUACCUCCUUCUGACAGAGAGGAAAUAGAACUGGUGCGUGGCGGCUGUCCCAUGUUCUGGUACAGCUUCAAUGGCCGCUGCUACAAGUAUGUUGCCUCACGGAUGACCUGGGCUGAUGCAGAGCUCCACUGUUUAUCAGAGGGAGGAAACUUAGUGUCCAUCCACAGUCUGGAGGAACACAAUUUUGUGAAUAACCUGAUCAAGAACUUUGAUCCUACUCGCGAAUUCACCUGGAUUGGACUCGCUGAUGUUCAUAAGGAAGGGGCGUGGAUGUGGUCCGACGGGUCCAAUAAUGAAUUCUCCCUUUGGGGUCAUGGUGAGCCUAACAAUGGUAACAAUGGACAAGAACACUGUGGUCACACCAAUAUUCCUCCGGACUAUUACUGGAAUGAUCAUGUGUGCUCACAUAUAAAAACUUUUGUUUGUGCGUCUCGUAUAAUUUGCUCUUAG